UGACGUCAUCAUCCAGCGUCCAUUCAGCCCGACUCAGCGUUUGAAACAACUAUAUUUGCAGCGACAUAAAAAGGCAAUUUUACUCCAAAUCCUUCAUCUUACGGGUAACCUAAAAUGAUCGAUAUGAUCGAAAAGGAGGACGCGGUCAUCAGCGAAGAGGAGGCGGCACAGUACGAUCGCCAGAUUCGAUUGUGGGGGUUGGAUGCACAAAAACGAUUGCGAGGGUCCCGUGUGCUGCUGGUAGGUUUAGGUGGUCUGGGGGCAGAAGUGGCCAAGAACUUGAUCCUGGCAGGAGUUAAAGGCCUCACUUUGCUGGAUCAUGAACAGGUGUCAGUGGAGUCAUGUCGAGCUCAGUUUCUGGUCCCUGUGACGGCCCAGGGUCAGAAUCGUGCUGCAGCCUCUCUGGAGCGCGCACAGAACCUCAAUCCAAUGGUGGAGGUCCACGCAGACCCUGACAAAAUUGAAGACAAACCUGACGACUUCUUUUUGCAAUUUGAUGCAGUGUGUCUGACAGGCUGCUCCCGGGAUCUGAUGGUUCGGGUCGACCAGCUCUGUUCUCAGCGCAGCAUCAAGGUCUUCUGUGGGGAUGUCUACGGUUACUAUGGUUACAUGUUCUGCAACCUCGGCCAGGAGCACAACUACGUUGAGGAGAAACCCAAAGUAGUGAAACCCAGUGGAGAAGCCAACGAUGGGCCAGAAGUGAAGAAAGCCAAAGUGGACCCCAAUGAGACCACCAUGGUGAAGAAGACGGUGGCUUUCUGCUCUCUGAAGGAGGCUCUGGAGGUGGACUGGACCAGUGACCAGGCCAAAGCCAGUCUGAAGCGCACGCCUGUGGAUUACUUCCUGCUUCACGUUUUGUUAAAAUUUCGUACCGACAAGGGUCGCGACCCCGACCCCCAGUCCUUUGCAGAGGACAGUGAGCUGCUGAGGCAGAUCCGUGACGACGUCCUCGAGGCCCUGGCGGUGAACAGUGACCUCCUCAGUGACGACUUCAUCAGCUACUGCUUCUCUGAGAUGUCUCCAGUCUGCGCCGUAGUGGGAGGAGUUCUGGGACAGGAAGUCGUCAAGGCUCUGUCCCAAAGAGACGCUCCUCAUCGCAACUUCUUCUUCUUUGACGGUCGCAAAGGCAACGGCGUGGUCGACUUCUUUGGACCAAAGUAAACUUCUUCUUCUCAUGGGUUUAUUUAUACCAGUACCUGCUCCACUAGUCAUCCAAUGUUCUGUUGUUCAUCUGUCUGUUGUCUGACCUUGACAAACGACAUGUUUACUGUACGACUUUUUUACAUUUGCUAAUAAAUGUUGUUGAACAAAACA